AUGCCGUUUCCGUUUGUGCUUUCCACAACAUCCCAUAUCUCAUUCCAAGCCAGCCUUACCUCAUCCACCCAUCCAUCCCUCCCCUCAGCGGCUACAUCCCAGCGCGCCAUUGUCCGGGCGGCGUUGAAGGCCCACAAGAGAUUAUCCCCUUCCCAGCAGGCAAAUAAUCUGCUGUCACUUUCAUCCACGAUCCAAACCUACCUACGCUACCUCAUCAGCUUAGAUCUCGCACUAUCUGGUAAGGCGGUGGCUGGAGAGGACGUUGAUAUUGCCCUCGCGAAAGAACCCGAGAUCCAAUGGCGUCCCACGCUCAGCUCCACCACGAUUCCUGGUCGUGACAAUGAACGCGUCAAGGGCAAAGGCCUUGACUAUGAGAUUUUCUUCAUUCACCACACCCUGGCGCUGAUCCAAAAUCUACUGGCCAGGCAGUCUUUAUUGGGCCUGUACGCCGCAGUCAAUCCGAUCCCUGAAGAACGGACAGCAUUGGUUCAGAACGCGACCAAAUUCUUGAAAAUAGCCUACUCUCUGCACUCGUAUUUACUGCUAAGAGCCAACUCAUCGACGGAUGGACCUCCUUCGUUCCCUGCAGCAGCAGUUGACGUGUCCACCGCCGUACAGUCUGGUCUCCAGCACUUGACGCACGCAGAGUUCAAUCUCUUAUGCGUGCUGAAGGAUGACCCAUACCCAGCACUCCUGAUCCAGUCCAGGAACAAAGACGACAAGGAGUGGAUGAUCCGAGCGCCGCAAAUACCCAAGGUACGUGCUCAAGUGCUGACACGACUAUGCAUUGGAGCAUCCUCGCACGCGUCAGCCGCGCUGGCAGCGCUCAAGAUGGAAAGCACGCGAGUGUCCAAGGAUCUGCUAGAGUACUGUGACGGCAUCCAACGAUCGUCCCGGGCAAAAGCAUGCCGAUUUCAGGCAUUAGAUGAAGACGGGGCCGGACAGAUAGGAAAAGCGAUCGCCUGGAUCCGGGCAGCUAUGGACGAGCUUGGCCUUGACGUGGGCAAGGAAGGGCCCAAGUCAUCUGGUCUUGGGAAGCUGAAGAAUUCAUGGCUCGAGCGGAGGGAAGACAAGCGCAUUGAGAAGGGCAGCACGAAUUGGGGCCUGGACGGUGGAAAGCUUGAAGAGGCCCGCAUCGUGGAACACCUGGCCAAGAAGUUCAACAAGGAGAACGACACCAUCAGCAACCAGUUGGUACCUGAGUGGAAGCCCUUGCUGGCGACCCUGCCGAGCGGGAUGAAUAUGCCGAUCGAUGAGAGGUGGAAGCCGGCAUUGUUGGACGAGGACGAGUUGGCGUCCAUGAGGGCUCCUCCGGAUGAGGAUGACCUUGCCGCUGCUGCAAACAGUUCGGAUGACGAGGCAGAUAUGGCGAAGGAACCUGUAGGCGCGUUUCCUGGGACUCAUCGAGAUUAUGGUGACAAGGCCACAAGUUACUAUUGA